GAUGUGGACACAGAGAGGCAGACUUUAUUCAUUUUGUCUACGAAAGUCAAGGAACAACAGUCUGUCGAUCUGGAGAACUGGUCCAGACAAUCAUCUACAAAUGAAGUCCAGAGGGUGACAGUGAAGUCUCUCAAUGGAGCCAUCAGACUAGGGAUGGAUGGUGUAUAUACAGGUCUGAUUCAAAUGAGUGACCCAAAUGCAGCAACAGUGAUGGCAAAUGAAUUGAGUAAACUGCCAACUGUGUCACCUGACACUGCCCUUGUCACAUCAACACCAGGCGGCUCUUCAAUAGAGUUUGUUGUCACCUUUACUUCUACAAGAGGUGAUUGGCCUGCCUUGACU